AAAAUGCCAACGCCAUAUGAUUUGGAUCCUGACCUUCAAGCAUUCCUGAAAAUUGAAACCUUUCAGGGUAAAUUCACCACAAAAGAAUUUGUCGAAAAAACCACAAAGAAUUUAUUAAGAUCUGGGAAUCCUAAAGAAUUCAAUCCGAAACCGUUCAUAAGAACAUUCGAGAGCUCCAUUGAAGAGUUGUUGAAGUUACGAAAAACGGUUCAGGAACAGAGUGAUGAUUUGGAGGGAAGCGUGCAAUUCACAGAGGUUUCUCAUCGAAAAAAAUUACAGGAGCUGACGUCGACUUUUGAGGAUGUCGUUACAUCUUUCGAAUCACUGGAAACUCGUAUUAAUGAAGUUGGCAAUACUGCUAUUAGAAUUGGCGAACAGCUAGAAACUAUAGACAGACAAAGACUACGCGCAGCAGAAUCAAAGGAACUAAUAGAAUUUUUUAUGGCAUUCAAUCGGGGUGACUCGACAAAACUGGAAAAUCUGAAAAAGCAACAUGGAAGAGAGGGUCAAUUUAAGGCUGCGGUGAUUGCUCGACGAUUGAACACUAUUGCUAAAGAGGUGGAUAUUCCGGGCGCUGAAGAUGCAAAAGCUCGGGUAGAAAAAUUUUGCGAAGUUCUCGAAAAAGAAUUAUUAGAACAAUUUGAUAGAGCUUAUCGUAAAGGGGACGCAAAAACUAUGAAGCAUUGCGCAAAAACAUUAAAUGAAUUUAACGGCUGCGAAUCAUGUAUCAAAUUAUAUGUCAACCAGCAUGAGUUUUUUAUUACUAAAGUUAAUAUGACUGAAAAUAACCUAUCUAGCUCAAGUUGGAAUGAACUCGCCAAUCCAGAAGUACCUCCUCCGCCUGCUGAUCAAGGACUCGUAAAACUUUAUGAAGAAAUUAGAGAAACUGUUAAACAAGAAGCAGAAAUUAUCAAUGCUGUUUUUCCAGAUCCAAUUAGUGUUAUGCAAGUUUUCUUGCAACGUAUUUUUGCGCAAUUGAUCCAAAGUCACUUGGAGGCUUUAUUACAGCAAUCAGAACAAGACUCAACAUUGGCAUAUCUACGUACUCUUUCGUCCGUACACGCGGUCACGGUAGAUCUUGUCGAAGAUUUGAAACACCUGGACAUGCGUCAAAGGAAAUCUUCAUCUGAUAUGCUUCAAAACAAUAACGAGGAAGGCGUUGGUCCCAGCAAAAUAAACACUAUUGUCGAAGUAUUGAACCAAUGUAUGGUUGAUUUGUUUGUCCCAUAUACAGAAGCUGAUCGGUAUAUAGAAAAAGAAAAGAAAUCUUUGAAUGAAUUAUAUUCUUCGCUUUUAUUGCAAUUUAAUGCGUAUCAUAUACAAAGGAAGCAAGCAACAAAAGGAAGCACUCUAUUUCAACGUGCUGUCAAUCAAAUAUCUUCAUCUUCGUCUGCUGGUUCGUCUCCGAAUCUUAAUCAGACUCCGGGAACCAACCUAAUGGAGAAAGGCAUUGUUCCCACAACAGAAGAAGAUGGCAAAUUAUCUGUGUAUUCUGCCAUGCUAAUUUUGAAAAUACACGCAGAAGCUAUAAGACGAUCAGUAGAAUUGAGUCUCUCUAAUGAUCGACCCAAAAAUGCGAGUAUAUUGUAUCAUGUUUUACUAGAAAGUAUUGGAAAGCAAUAUGUUGAUAAUGCUCUUGACACAGCGUUAGAUCAGAUUGCUGUGAUGGACUACAAAGUUGAUUUUGAUUUCAAAGCUAUAACGGUGGUGAAGGUGGCUCGUGAGAUUAUUCACCUAGCCCAAAAUCAUUUCCAAGCCCUCCCAUUGGCAUCACCUUCAUUGUCUAUACACCGAGAAUUGAUUGCCGAUAAAAAUAAAUUUAUGUUGGUAGUCGAAAAUAAAAUCAAUUUAGCUGUGCAACGUAUAAUAGAUGCAAUUCUUUUGCGGCUGGGGCAUAUAUUAUCGAAACAGAAAAAGAGCGAUUUCAAACCAAAAGAAGAUGAAGUUCUUACGAAUUUGAUGACUUCGCCCUGCGACAUUUCUGUCGAUUUUCUGAAAAAAGUUUAUGCUAAUAGUAACCAAUUUCUCGAUGGGAAAAAUUUGGAGUUGUUUUUAACGGAAGUGGGGAUGUCUUUUCAUAGCAUGCUAUUAGACCAUUUGAAAAAGUUUUCAGUGAGUGCUGCUGGUGGUUUGGUCUUAACAAAAGAUAUAGCAAAGUACCAAGAAACCAUAGCACUCUUCAAAAUCCCCGCACUAGACGAACGCUUCGAAAUGAUACGACAGCUUUCAAACUUGUUCAUUGUCAAACCAGAGAUUCUGAAAUCGGUCCUAAACGAAGGCUACCUCGCAAAGAUCGACACCAAAUACCUUCAUAUAUAUUUACAACAACGAUCCGAUUUCAAAUCUGCGGGAAUAGAUCAGUUGAUCGGAAUCAACAAUACCGAGGCCUCGGACGAACGUAAUUUCAAUGAAAAAGCUCGUGCAAAAUUGGCUUCUAUGGGUAUCAGUAUUGGAAGUGGUCGAGAUUCAUCGACUGAUGGUAGUGGUGGUAUUGGUCAAGGAGGGGUUGUGACUGCUAGUUUUGUUUCUCCUACUAGUGAUAGUGGAUUAAAUGGUGGUAGUGGCGGUAUACAGCGACUUCACGUUCCUGAUAAUAUUGUGAUUCGAUGA